UGUAACUGAAAACUUGGGCGGAAAGCACUUAGUUAUGCAACUGUUGACACACGAAGACCCGAAUGUCCGCUACGAAGCCCUCCUAUGCGUACAGAAACUGAUGGUUCAGAAAUGGGAAUAUCUGGGAAAACAGCUCGAGAAGGACACCGGCCUAUUUAGAGGCCACAAAACGCAUCCAUUGGAGAGUCUUCUGGCACUUCGGGAAAAGUAUGGAUCCGUUUACACAUUCUUCAUGGGGUCGGAUCCGUUUGUCUUCAUAUUUGACAUCGAGAUCGCCAAACGGUUGUUCAAUAAGACCUCGUUUUGCGGCCGACAGUCGACACUAAUCGGUGAACAGAUCUGCAGCGAUGGCGGGAAUGAUAUCAUAUUUUGCGAUUACGGCCAGAGUUGGCAUACGUUGAGGAAUGCGUUCAAACUGGCCGUACGGAAGUACCAGUCGUGUCAACACAUGCCGGGAACCGUUAAACACGUGGUCGACGCCAUUGUCGGUGAUAUGGUGGCCGCCGAGGCGCCCGAUGGUCACCCAUUUGAUCCUAAAGACUACAUUGAAUCCAUGUUUUAUUGUGUGGUUAUGUCCAUAGCUUUUGGCAAAAUGUUUACGGCCAAAGAUCCUGAUUAUCGGGAACUGCACUCAAUUACGGACACAUUCUUCCGUUUGGGCGAUAAGUUGGCGCUCAUAGAGUUUGUGCCAAUACUUCGGCUGCCGUUAUAUAAAUAUGUGGACAAAUUUAGGCGAAAUACCGACAAAUACAAGACAUUCAUCGCCAGCCGUUUCGCCGCACACGUCGACACCUAUCGCUCGGAUCAGAUGCGAGACUUUUGCGACGCUCUCAUCGCCGCCAAACUAGAAACCAUCGAUGGCGGCAAUGAAGAGGCGGCCAAUUAUCUCACGGAUCAAAACAUAUCGUUGGCCUUAUGGGAUGUGUUCGUGACGGCCACCGACGACACCCAAUUCGCGUUCAAUUGGAUGCUACUAUUGUUGGCCAACUGUCCGGCCAUACAGUGUCGACUGCGGGCGGAGAUCGCCGAUCGGAUCGGCCACCGGAUGGCCGCCGCCGAAGACCUCGACGACUGUCAUUACGCCAACGCUUUCAUCGCCGAGGCGUUGAGGUAUCGCAACUCAAACCCGUUGGGAGUCCCGCACCGGACACUCGCCGACACGGAUAUCGACGGAUUGUCAAUACCGGCCAACACUACGGUAGUUGUCCACCAGUUUUCAAUACUAAACGACCCAAAGUAUUGGCCGGACGGCCACGCGUUCAGACCGGACCGGUUCCUCGACUCCGAAGGCCGGUAUAUUCAGACCCGACCGGAGUAUUACGUGCCGUUCGGUGUCGGCCGCCGCAAGUGUUUGGGCGAUCGGUUGGCCAUCAACGAGCUGUUCCUGGUUUUGGUCGCUUUUCUACAGUCGACUCGCGAUUACGAUAUAGUGUUGGCCACCGGCGAGGGCACAGCCGACCUGACACCCGACCCACAACAGGUGGUGCUCUUCUGUACGCCAAAGCCGUACGAAAUUGUAUUGAAAUCUCGUUUAUAGUUAAUAAGGAAUUAAUAUUACAAUUAUUGUAAUAUUAGUUGUAAUGAAAUACACAGAC